AUGGAGAAGGACAUUGAAGCCAAGGCCGAGAGCCCAGCUCCUCGAUCCGACAUGACUGAGGGGAACAUCGAGUUUCCAAGGGCACCAACGGCAAUGGGACGUUUCGUAGACAGCUUCAAAAGAAACCCCAAUGCCCGCGUGACCACAGAAGCGGUGGACGCAAACGGGAAACCACUACCGGAUCAACAGCCAGCUGAGCCUGCACUGGCCAUGAAAUUGAAGCCUCGACAUCUGCAGAUGAUUGCUAUUGGUGGUUCAAUCGGCACUGGUCUAUUUGUUGGUUCAGGCUCCGCCUUAGCUAAUGGCGGACCGGCUUCAUUAAUUAUUGCAUAUGGCUUAAUUGGAGUCAUGCUAUUCUGCACAGUGCAUGCUCUUGGUGAGCUUGCCGUCGCCUUUCCUGUGGCUGGUUCAUUUUCGGCAUAUUCAAGUCGUUUCCUGGAUCCAGCAUGGGGAUUUGCGAUGGGCUGGAACUACGCUCUUCAGUGGAUGAUUACUCUCCCUUUGGAAAUUGUCGCAGCAUCGAUCACACUCGAAUUUUGGCCUGGAAGCAGGUCUACCAACGGAGCCGCAUGGGUCACCGUUUUCCUGGUUGUCAUUAUCGCCAUCAACUUUUUCGGAGUACGUGGAUAUGGUGAAGCCGAAUUUGUUUUCUCGAUCAUCAAAGUAUUCGCUGUGAUUGGCUUUGUCUUGCUUGGUAUCAUUAUCAACACUGGUGGUGUUCCUGGGGAUGAUCGAGGAUACAUUGGCGCUCGCUAUUGGUAUGACCCUGGGGCAUUUAACCAUGGAUUCAAAGGUCUAUGCUCCGUCUUUGUCACAGCUGCCUUCUCUUUCUCAGGGACCGAGCUGGUCGGUCUAGCAGCGGCAGAGACGGAGAAUCCACGUGUCGCCCUUCCAAAGGCUGUGAAACAGGUCUUCUGGCGAAUCGCACUGUUCUACAUGGUCUCACUCACCAUUGUUGGAGUACUGGUUCCAUACAACGACCCCGCUCUCUUGAACGGCGCCAGCUCGCAGGACGCCAACGCAUCCCCGUUCGUCAUUGCAGUCCGGAACGCCGGUAUCUCAGCAGUGCCCUCGAUCAUGAACUGCGUUAUUCUUAUCGCCGUCCUUUCUGUCGGAAACUCUUCCAUCUACGGAGCCAGCAGAACUCUGGCAGCGCUGGCAGAUCGGGGUCAAGCACCAAAGAUAUUGGGAUAUAUCGACCGGUCUGGUAGGCCGUUGGUGUCGAUUAUCCUCUGCUCAUCGCUCGGCUUCCUCUGCUACAUUGUGGCGGCUGGUCCAGAUUCUUCCACGCAAGCCUUCAACUGGAUGAUUGCACUUUCUGGCCUGGCUGCACUGUUUACCUGGGCCUCGAUCUGCCUGGCACACAUCCGAUUCCGACAAGCAUGGAAAGCAAACGGCCACACCCUGGCCGAGCUCGCGUUCCGCUCACAGGCGGGUGUCAUCGGCAGCUAUCUGGGCCUCAUCAUGAACCUCCUAGUGCUGAUCGCACAAUUCUGGACCGGCUUCGCUCCCGUCGGGUACGGCGACAUGACGGCAUCCGAGCGCGUCGAGAACUUCUUCCAAGUCUACCUUGCCGCACCGCUAGUGAUUCUCUGCUACUUUGGGUACAAGUUCGUCCGUAGGACGAGCAUCAAGCGCAUCAGGGAUAUCGAUGUUGUCAGUGGCAGGCGCGAGAUGAACUUGAAGGAGAUUCUUGCGGAGGAGAGAGCUAUUCAGGCCAAGUGGCCUUGGUGGAAGAAGGUUUACAGGACGGUUUGCUAG